GACCUGCUUCACCGCCUGUGAAGUGACUUCCCUGCUGGUGGGGAGCUGGGAGCUCGAAUCGGUAUCCUUAUGCCAGUCCUUGCGCUUGGCGCGCCACAUGCACUUAACCCGCUGCGCCUUCCACCCGAGUCCCAUACUUUUUGAUCUUAAGGUUUGGCUAGUGAGAGAUUGCUGUGUCCUUGUGUCCUUUGGCUGUGGCUGGGCUGUCUGGCACAGCAGGCUGUCCAGGCUUGCCCUGUGCUUUCCUUGCUCCAGGCCAGGAGUCCAGCCUUUCCCCUCCAGGAAGCCCUCUUGAUGGGAGUAGGGGCUGGGCUGUGGGAGGCGAGAUCUCGGCUUUCCCUGUGUUCAUAGUCAAGGGAUGCCAUUGCUUCAAGCCCCACGGCUUCUUCUCAGAGGCUGUAAAUUUACUAUUAGAUCCAACUCAGCAAACUCUGUAUUUCAGCUAGUGCUCAAGCAGUGCAGCAGGUGAAGAGGUGAAUAAAAUGUGUUUCUUGUCAUUUGCAAACUUGAGACUGAAGGGCAUGAAGAUUCUGUAGAGGAAAGUGAUGCGUUGUUAGGGGUGAGCCCAGGCGGUGGCGCAGGGGUAAAGAGUCAGCUCUCGGCAUGAGGUGUCACAGGUGCGGGGUGGGGUGGGGGAUGUUUGGUUUGUUCUCUCCCUGUUUCUUUCAUGUUAAUAAUCUUUUACAUUAAAAAAAUAGUGCAGUGAAAAGGAAAUCAUUGUUCUUGUUUGGAUUUUUCUUUUUCCUCUCUGGGCUGACUUUUUAAAAAAUUACUAUUUAUUUAUUGGAUAAAGAUAGUCAGAAAUCAGGAGGGUAGGGGAGAGAGAGGGGAAGAAAGGCAGAGACACCUGCAGCCCUGCUUCACCACUUGUAAAGCUUUCCCCCUGCAGGUGGGGACUGAGAACGUGACUCUGGGUCCUUGUGCAGUGUAACAUGUGCGCUCAGCCAGGGCUGACUUUCAUCUGAGCUUGGUGAGCCCCUGCCAGCUGGCAUGGGAGAAGGUGUGGCAUUCUCUGAGUCUGUUCUGCCCAUGAAGCCGGUGGAAAUCGAGAUUGAGACUCCAGAGCAGAUGAAAGCAAGAGAAAGAAGCGAAAAGAUAAAAGCAGAAUUUGAGAUGCAUCUUCGGAGGAUGAUGAAGCGUUUCAAUAAAGAAGUGCACGAGAACACACACAAGGUCCACCUCCUGUGCCUGCUGGCUAGUGGCUUCUACCGGAACGGAAUCUGCUGCCAGCCAGAUCUGCAGGCUAUCGGCCUGUCCAUCGUCCCAGCCCACUUCACCAAAGUGCCUCCCCAGGAUGUGGACCUCCACUACCUGUCAAACCUGAUGAAAUGGUUCAUAGGGACCUUCACCGUCAAUGCAGACAUCUCCACUGAUGCGCGAGACGGCCUGCAGACCACCUUGGAGAGGAGAUUUGCUAUUUACUCUGCACAGGAUGAAGAGGAACUGGUCCACAUAUUCUUGCUGAUCCUCCGGGCCCUGCAGCUGCUGACCCGCUUGGUUCUGUCCCUCCAGCCUAUUCCCCUGAAGUUACCAGCAGCAAAGGGGAAGAAAUCUUCCAAGGAGAGAGCCACAGAGGGUCCUGGAGGCUCCUCAGAAGCUUCCAGCCCCCUUCCUGCAAGCCAGUCCACACCAGAGACCAGCAGAGGGGCCAGGCAAGAGGGGGUCCCUUCCAGAGGCAAGAGGAGUGAGGAGAAGCGGCAGGAGCCCUCCUGCAGUAAGAAAGAGGAGCAGCCUCGAGCCCCACGGCAUCUGCCCCCUCGUGGCCAGGGGCGCUGUGGGGCCUCCAGGGUCUCUUACAGAGAGGACAGCGACAGUGAUGCCUUCAGCGGCUCUGACUUUGAGCUCUCCAGUGAGGACACUGGACAUCCCUCUGAUGAAGAUUCUGAUCCUCGCCCUGCCAGGCCACGUAAAACCCCGGCCCCUCAGAAGGCGAAGGGGGGCGCCAGAAGGGAUGCCAGGAACCCCUGCAGGAGCCAGUCGGGGCGCCUUGGCCUCCCGGCCGCUUCCAGCAGCUCCCUCGACAGCCAGCAUAAGAGACGCAGGAGUGUGAGCGGUGCCGGAGAGGUGGUCGGCAACCGAGCGGCAGGUGUGGACCAGUGGCUGGAGGUGUUCUGUGAGCGGGAGGAGAGGUGGGUGUGCGUGGACUGCGUGCACGGCGUGGUGGGCCAGCCGCUGGCCUGCUACCAGUACGCCAGCAAGCCCCUGGCCUACGUCGUGGGCAUCGACAACCACGGUUGGGCCCGGGAUGUCACCCCGAGGUACGACCCCGUCUGGAUGACGGCUACCCGCAAGUGCCGAGUUAACCCCGAGUGGUGGGCCCAGACCUUGAGGCCCUUCCGGAGCCCACAGCUGGAAAGGGAGCGGAAGGAAGACUUGGAGUUUCAGGCCAAGCACCUGGACCAGCCUCUGCCCACCGCCGUCAGCACCUACAAGAACCACCCCCUGUACGCACUGAAGCGGCAUCUCCUCAAGUAUGAGGCCAUCUAUCCCGAGACGGCCACCAUCCUGGGCUACUGCCGUGGGGAGGCCGUCUACUCCAGGGACUGUGUGCACACCUUGCACUCCAGGGACACGUGGCUGAAGCAGGCCCGAGUGGUGAGGCUCGGAGAAGUGCCCUACAAGAUGGUGAAAGGCUACUCCAACCGUGCCCGCAAGGCCCGCCAGGCCGAGCCCCAGCUGCGGGAGCAGAAUGACUUGGGUCUGUUUGGCUUGUGGCAGACGGAGGAGUACCAGCCGCCCGUGGCCGUGGAUGGCAAGGUGCCCCGGAAUGAGUUUGGGAACGUAUACCUCUUCCUGCCCAGCAUGAUGCCCAUCGGCUGCGUCCAGCUGAGGCUGCCCAACCUGCACCGUGUGGCCCGAAAGCUGGGCAUUGACUGUGUCCAGGCCAUCACCGGCUUCGACUUCCAUGGAGGCUACUCCCACCCUGUGACUGAUGGCUACAUAGUCUGCGAGGAGUUCAGGGAUGUGCUGCUGACCGCCUGGGAAAACGAGCAGGCCCUCAUUGAGCAGCGGGAGAAGGAGAGAAGGGAGAAGCGGGUGCUGGGACACUGGAAGCUGCUGACCAGGGGACUGCUGAUCCGGGAGCGGCUGAGGCUGCGCUACGGUGCCCAGAGUGAGGCUGCGGGCCACCACACGGAUGCAGGAGGUGGACUCUCGUCUGAUGAAGAGGAGGGCACCAGCUCCCAGGCAGCAGCAGCCAGAAUCCUGGCUGCCUCCUGGCCCCGGAACCGAGCGGCUGAGGAGAAGUCCACGUGUGCCGUGAAGCCCAGGCGGGCAGGGAAGGAGGCUGCCGCCCACCUGUUCCCUUUCGAGAAGCUGUGAGGCAUGCCCUCUGCCAUGCAGGCCCCCAUCUGGUCUCGGGGGCCUUGUUCCCACAGCAGGACUCACAGUCUAAACCUUUAUUCAUGGAUCCGGGACCCUGCACACGUGCCAUUUCUCUAUUCCGGGGCUGGCCGGCAUUGAUGAAAGGACAGAGACGAGAGGCCUGGUAUCAUGGUGGCAUCUGCCCUGAGCUCUGUCCCCCACAUACCCACUCGGGCUGGCCCCUGUGGCCUCAGCCUACCUAGACCUUGGACUCCGUGCUUCUGUGGAACCCACCUAGGAGUCUUUUUUUUUUUUCCUCCAGGGUUGUUGCUGGGGCUUGGUGUCAGGCACUACAAAUCCACCACUCCUGGUGGCCAUUUUCUUUUUCUUUUUUCUUAAGACAGAGGAAUUGAGAGGUGAGGAGGAGGCACCUGCAGCCCUGCUUCACCACCAGUGAAGUGCCCCCUCUGCAGGAGGGGAGUGGGGGCUGGAACCCUGGUCCUUGUGCCUACCAAUAGGUGUGUUCAACCGGGUGCACCCCACCAAGGAAUCUUUCCUCCUACAAACUUGGCUCAUCUGCUGGCCAUGCCUGCCCACUGUGGGUUUGCUAUGCUGCCUCAGCCCACCCUGGGCAGGGUGGGGGGGGGGGUAUGGGACAGGACUAGGGACAGCUCAGAGGGUUUGCUAAUACUCUCACACCACCUCUGGUGGGGGAUGGGACAGGGACGUUUGCUAACUGCCUCAUGCCAACCUGGGGGGCAAGGGAUGGGGCAAGCAAAGCUCAGAUUAUGCUGAACUGGGAUCCACUUUUUCAAAAAGCAUCAUGGCAGAAGACUAGAACAGGUCUAUGGCCAUAGCACCCUGAACACACCCGAUCUCGUAUGGUCUCAGAAGCUAAGCAGGGUUGGGCCUGAUUAAUACUCAGAUGGCAGAAGACCAGAGCAGGAGCUAUGGUCAGGAAAAGCAGGAAUGGAAGUAGAAGUAAGUGGUCGUUGCUUGCUACUAGGGAAAUCAGAAAGCUAUGCACUGUAUAUAUCCAGAGAAAUACUUUUGAUGCCACUUAGAAAAAAAUAAAGUGUCUAGAAAGC